AUGGCGACUAAGAGGAAGCUUGCCUUUCCCACCACUCUCCCUCCGUCUGACGACGAUAGCCGCUCUUCCUCUGACGACCCCCAGAGCCGCACCGUACUUCCUAGAGCUGUGAGGCGCAAGAGCAAGUUCAUGCAUACGUCUUUGGAGGACGAGCAGAGGGAGGAGAGGAACUUUGACUGGUUGGCUUGGAGCCAGUCGAUCACAGACUUCCAGUUCCGCGUCUUCUACCGCAUGUCUAGAAAGGCCUUCCAUCGUCUCAUCGAAGUGAUCCUCCCCGACUACCGCUGGAGUACGGCCAAGGGGGUCACGGAUGAAUUAUUUGAGGAUCUAACAGUGGAUGAGAAGGUGUCCAUGACGUUGCGAUGGAUGGCAGGAGCGCCGACCAUGGACAUUAUUUGGUUCCAUCAAGUGACGGAGGAAGCGUUCGUCAGGUCGAGGAAGGAAGUGAUAGAAACCUUCUUCUUCUGCCCCUCCCUGCAAAUCGUCCGCCCCGACCUUGACGACGUCGAGGAGCUGGACGCGAUAUCGCAAGGAUUCCUUGUAGGCCGCGUCGUCCCCUGCGCCUCCUGUUACCCCGACGCCUGGGCGCUAGGAGAGCUGGGGAUGGAGCUGGACGCGAGGCUCGAGAAGCUGGACGGGAGGUACAUUGUGGGCGAUGGGGAGUACGACCGCGAAUCAGGUGUCCUGACGCCCAUCGAGGGUUCGGAGCUGAGCGAGUACGAGCUGAGCUUCAACUAUCACCUCUCCCUCGCUCGCGCGCCUGUCGAGCGAGCGUUCGGGAUGGUGGUGAGACGAUGGCCGAUCCUGUGGCGGCGGCUGAAGUUGGACGACUACAACCUGAUCUGCAACAUGAUCCUCACAUGCCUCCUCCUCCACAACUUCAUCAUGGACGUGGACAAGGACAAGGCGGAACCGGAGCGCGAGUUCAGCCUUGACCACGAGGUUUGUGGGCACAUCUACCCUGCUGGGCGGCUGACGGAGAACGAUCGCCCUCUGGAGAACAACAACGGAGCACCCGCGUACAACUUGUGGUACGUGGGAUACGAUCACGGCUACGAGGAUGAUGAAGACCCUUGGAAGUCAGAGAUCCAAGAUAGGAUCGUUGAGCGUCUUGAAAACUUCGGUCUUCGGCGUCCUUUGCCAAAGGCGAUCCGACGAUCGUGA